GGGACGCGCGCGGGCGGGACGGCGCGGCGCGGCGGAGAGCGUAUGAAAACUCAAUGGGGUCAUCCAAAAAUGUAAUAAGUGAGCCUGUUGAUGCAGAGGAAGGCUAUAACAUGAUGGCUUCUUUCCAACGCUCCAACAGCCAUGACAAAGUGAGGAAAAUAGUGGCAGAAGAGGGACGGACAGCAAGGAACCUGAUUGCCUGGAGUGUCCCACUGGAAAACAAGGAAGAUGAUGGAAAAUCGAAAUGGCAAUCUGGUGGAAAAACAAAAAGGGUGACUCAAGGAACACACAAGACUGCAAAACAGAACAGUACCUUGGACUGUAAAUUAACAGCAGCAGGAGCUGGAGACAAAAACUUUGACAAAAGCCCAACGAAAGCCAGGCAGCCUCGGAAGGUGGAUCUGCGGGCUCGCUACUGGGCGUUCCUGUUUGACAACCUGCGGCGGGCGGUCGAUGAAAUCUACGUCACCUGCGAAUCAGACCAGAGUGUGGUGGAGUGCAAGGAAGUCCUGAUGAUGCUUGAUAACUAUGUAAGGGACUUCAAAGCAUUGAUUGAUUGGAUACAGCUACAGGAGAAGCUAGAAAAAGCUGAUGCUCAAAGCAGACCAACUUCACUGGCUUGGGAAGUAAAGAAAAUGUCUCCAGGACGCCACGUGAUCCCAAGUCCCUCCACAGACAGGAUUAGUGUGACAUCAAAUGCUCGAAGGAGUUUAAAUUUUGGGAACCCUGCAGUGACAAUUUCUGCAACACGCCUGGCUCCCUCGGGUGUAAGUUGGGCCGAUAAGGUAAAAGCCAACCAUGGAACUAAAGCUGCCAAUCCUGAGCUGGCAACAGCACAAGCCUGCCUGGCACCUCCUGCACAGAAGGCACUGCGGAAAAAUGAUCGGAAGGACGCAGAGGGCUGGGAGACGGUUCAGCGUGGGAGGCCCGUUCGAUCUCGCUCCACUGCUUUGGCAGCAAAAGCUCCUGCAGCUGCAGAAUCACUGAAGUCCAGAGGUGACAGUGACAAAGAAAAUGUCAUUUCACCACCAGCAGAAAACAAGCAUGGGAGCUCAGUCAUUGACAGUGCUGUGUCUGAAAGCACAGAGCUGGUACACAAGGAUCCUUUGCAUCACUCUGAGGGUUCCCUUACCGAGAAGACUCAGUUCCCAGCCUCAGAAGCCAAUGGGAGCCCUGGCACAGCAUUGCAAGGGGAUUCCUUAGAACCAGCUCCUGAGAUGCCUCCAGUUCUCAGCAGCACUGAGUGCAGUUCAAAAACUCUGCAGAUGAAUGAGGCUUCCCCCCAGAGCAUUGGCUGUGCAGACUGGCAUCAAACAGAAAAAGCUAAAUCUGAAACUGAAAUGGAUCCUGCAGAUAUUUCAAAUGUGAGUGCUGCCAGAUUGUCCAUGGCAGAAGUCCUGGCUAAGAAAGAGGAGUUAGCAGAUCGGCUGGAGAAGGCCAAUGAAGAAGCCAUUGCCAGUGCUAUUGCAGAGGAGGAGCAGUUAACCAGAGAGAUUGAGGCAGAGGAGAACAAUGACAUUAACAUCGAGACUGACAAUGACAGUGACUUCUCUGCUAAUAUGGGCAAUGGAAGCAUAUCCUUCUGUGGUUUGUCCAUGGACUGGAAUGAUGUUCUGGCAGAUUAUGAAGCUCGUGAGUCGUGGCGCCAGAGCAACUCCUGGGGAGACCGAGUGGAGGAGGAGCCCGCGCGCUCCCCCGGCCACGGCAUCCACAUGCACGAGAAACUCUCCUCACCCUCACGCAAGAGAACAAUAGCAGAAUCCAAAAAGAAGCAUGAGGAGAAACAGAUGAAAGCUCAACAGCUGAGAGAAAAGUUACGUGAAGAAAAGACACUGAAGCUUCAGAAAUUAAUGGAGAGGGAGAAAGAUGUGAGGAAAUGGAAAGAAGAAUUGUUAGAUCAAAGGCGCAGGAUGAUGGAGGAGAAGUUACUCCAUGCAGAAUUCAAACGUGAAGUGCAGCUACAAGCAAUUGUGAAAAAAGCACAAGAGGAAGAAGCUAAGGUGAAUGAAAUUGCUUUUAUAAACACCCUGGAGGCUCAGAACAAGCGGCACGACGUGCUGAACAAACUGAAGGAGUACGAGCAGCGCCUGAACGAGCUGCAGGAGGAGCGGCAGCGCAGGCAGGAGGAGAAGCAGGCACGGGACGAGGCAGUUCAGGAGCGCAAGAGAGCCCUGGAAGCGGAGCGGCAGGCCCGGGUGGAGGAGCUGCUGAUGAAGAGGAAGGAGCAGGAAGCACGUAUUGAACAGCAAAGACAGGAGAAGGAAAAGGCACGAGAAGAUGCAGCACGGGAGAGAGCCAGAGAUCGGGAAGAGAGGUUGGCAGCUCUUACUGCAGCUCAGCAAGAAGCCAUGGAAGAAUUGCAGAAGAAGAUUCAACUGAAGCAUGAUGAAAGUAUUAGAAGGCACAUGGAACAAAUUGAACAGAGAAAAGAGAAAGCAGCUGAACUCAGUAGUGGAAGGCAUGCUAAUACUGACUAUGCACCAAAGCUCACACCCUAUGAGCGAAAGAAGCAGUGCUCAUUGUGCAAUGUCAUGAUUUCAUCAGAAGUGUAUCUUUUCAGCCACAUUAAAGGGAAAAAACACCAACAAGCUGUGAGAGAAAACAGUAGCAUACAAGGACGAGAGCUUUCAGAUGAAGAAGUGGAACACCUGUCAUUAAAAAAGUACAUUGUGGACAUUGUGAUUGAGAGUUCUGUUCCUGUGGAACCAUUAAAAGAUGGAGAAGAGAAACAGAAAAUUAAAAAGAAAGCCAAAAAGCUAAAGGCACGGAUGAACUCCAGGGCAAAGGAAUAUGAGAGCUUGAUGGAAGCAAAAAAUGCUGUGUCUGAUUCACCAUUUAAAGCCAAGUUACAGAGAUUAGCAAAAGACCUUCUGAAGCACCUCCAAAUGCAGGAUGGCUGUUCCUUGGGGAACCACAAAGUUCCUGGUCUGGACAGGACUUUAGGAGAGAUCUCUCGGAUUCUGGAGAAAGAGAACACAGCAGAUAAAAUUGCAUUCCGGGCUGCAGGAGGACUGACUGCUCUGGAAAAUGUUCUUCAGAUGGUGACUUCUCCCACCAACCUGAAUGCAGCUGCCAGGGUUCCCUUUAAGUCACUGUGCAGUACAGUAAAUGUUUACAGCCUCACCUGCAGCAACUGCAUAGAAAACUGCACCUAUGUUCUCUUUAGUAAUAAGAUCACUUUUCUGAUGGACCUGUUGAUACACCAGUUUACGGUUAGUGUUCCAGAUGACCAUAAUGCUACUGCAGGCAGAAGUGUAAAUAAGCAGGUAUUUGAAGGUUUAACAACAGGACUUCUGAGGGUAGCUGCUGUGAUUUUCAGAUGUCUCAUCUCCAGCUUCCCAGAUGGAAACAACCACUCUACUGCCCUGAAGAUAUUACAGGAAUUGAAAAGUAAAUCCUCACAAGUGGAAGCCUUCAGCAGCAGAGUCCAAGACCUAAUCAGUUACGUGGUGAACAUAGGACUGGUGGACAAGCUGUGCUGCUGUUUCCUGUCUGUGCAAGGCCCUGUGGAUGAGAACCCCAGUGUAGCAAGUUUCCUGCAGAGUGCCACAGCAGUGCUGCAUGGGAUGUGCCAGCUGUGCUGGGCUCUCAGUGGAAGAGAGAAUCAUUGAGGGUGACUUGAGACCUCCAACUGGAAGUCCCAUUUUUCUGAUGCUGUUUUGCAUCUGUAGCUAACAGUGGAGGUGAGAGCUCCUUCCUCCCUGAUGAGUUUUUUUUAAAAAAGGCAUAUGAGAGCUGAAAACAGGGCAUUGUCCCUUAUUGUUUAUAGGGAGAAAUCAGAAAAUGCAGCAGGUCUGAAUAUUGAGCUCUCUCUGCUGAGCAGGUGAACCUGGCAUUUGAUGCUUAGGCUUGAAAAUUGUGACCCUGGUAAUGCUUAACUGACUUUUACUCACCAUUAGAAGUAACAGUAGCCAGGAAUGAAAAAAGAGACAUUUUUAUUAACCUGAAAUAAAGCAAAAUAUUAAAUACACUUUGUAUGGAAUAACAAUGUUGUGUGGCCAUAUAGACCUCUUGGAAUCUGUGUGGAAUUGCAGAUGUGCAGUAGCAAUGUUCAAGAUGACAGCCCUGUUUUCCAAGUGUAUCAUUGUAAGUAUGGGAGAUUCAAGGCCUCUUUUGGGCCCUCAGGUCCUGACUACACAUCUGGAAUGUGCUUGGCUUGUACCCACAGGGCAGAAAACAACGAGCAGGCCUGGAAUGCAAGGAGCAUUAACGAAGGCAUGGCCCUGCAGCCCCAGCUCAGCCUUCCCUAAGAUCAGGUGGGAACACUGAGUGAGGAUCUCCAUGGCAGGUCCUUUAUCAGCAUAGCAAAGGUUCUGCUUGUGUUCCUGUCUUCUCCUGUACUGCCCAGUGUUCAUCCAGCCUAGAUCCCCUUUCCCUAACUCUGGACCUAAGGCUGCUGUCCCAGAAGUUGUUGCUCUGUGGAGGGCUGGAGUUAAUGCCUUGUGUCACUUUUGCCCAUGAGUGUGAGUGAAUAAAGUCCCACCGGCCCAGAGUUACUGCAGGGAGCAGGGGAAAGCAGGGCAGCACUGCAGGGUAAGGGUCAGUCACUGGGGCAGCACAGCAGAGAGCAAAAACACAGAUCCAAGGUGGAUGCUGCAUUGUGCAUAAGGGAAUAUUGCAAAUAAUAGUCCCUCAAAUUAUGUAGGUCCUUGGGAGCACCAGCUGUUCAAAAAUUAUGCUGUUUUCUCUGUUUAAGAAUUGCCUUCAAGCUUUCUCAUUACCCCAGGAAAAUACAGUGCCAGAGCAAUGCAGUAAUGAAAUAGCUGCUGUUCUAUCCCAGAGCAGUGGCAGGGUGUAUGAAUAAAUGUGUGUCAGCAGCUAAUGAAGCUGUGGUUACCAGCUGCAGAGGCAGAAAGCUGCAGGUGCAGGUCUGGCCCAGGGAAACCCUGCCUGUCCUGCCCCAGAUGCACAUGGAAGUGGCCUGGGCUGGGCUCACUUUUAUUGCAGUCAUUAAGAUAAUGUCUGCUUUGGCUGCUGCAUGGGGAAUCAGAUGCAAGUCUGCCUGAACCUUGGUUUUGCUUCUCACCGCUUCCAAUGGACAGCAGCUCCAGCAGGUGCUGUUAAACUAACUCUAGCUUGUGUCUGAAGUUACUGGAAGGCUCCAGUUCAUCACCUCUGUGCAGCACUGCAGUCCCUGCUUGACAGUGGGAAUUGCAGCAAGGUCUGACAGGUGUUAAAUACUUCCUUGUUCUUCUUUUAUUAUUAUUUGGCCUCUUUAUUUUGACAUCCCUUUCUAAAUAAAAUAAUUUAGAAGCAAAAAGUACUGAUGAUAGUUUUUAAAUCCUAAUAAUAAAAAACCCCAACAGAUUAUAUUCUAAGCC